AUGGAUGUUGCAGCCGUAUCAUCAGCUACACAUGAAUGUCUUACAGAUUUGGGGCUACAUGCAAAAGGGGAUAUUUUUGCUUUGAAAGCAUUUUGUCAUCAUCGUCAAUUCACAUUUACCAGUAAGAAUGUAGUGUAUGAUGAGAAAAACGAUUAUGAAGAUAGAAAGAGGGAACUCCUGGCACAACUGCAAACAGGAAGCCAAAAGAAAAGGAACGAAUCUGUUGACAAACAUUCUAGGUCCAGCAUGUCUAAGAGACCUGUUGAAAAAUAUAAGACACGUAAAAUAUUUCUUGGUUGGCUUCAUUAUUCUGAAAAAAAAAGAACUGUUUGUAGCAGUGAGACUAAACAGUGGAGGAGGAACCAGAAGAUUAGAUGUUGGGAGCCAUUUCAAUAAGGAGAUGCUUAUUGGAGAAGGCAAGAAAUUGUUUUAUCCGAGUGGCGAAUCUUCUCAAGCUAGGACAAGCUGACGACAUGGUUUUUGAUCUUGCCAACUUCAAAGGAGAAAGCAUCGGCAUUCUGAAGAUAAUAAACAGCCUUUCUCUAUACAAAAGUACAUUGAAAUGAACAAACUGACACAAGUCCGACUCUACUUGACAACUAGGCAUAUACUGAUUGAUUCUUUAGACAUCGACAAUGAGGAUAGAGGACUCACAGAUGAAGACAUUAAAAUGAGCACAUCAGAUAAUGAAGAAAUCAUAAUAGAAAGUGGAAGUGAAAACGAUGAUGAAGUUCUAAUGCAUCCCGUUUUCGAUAGUGGUACAACACCUACUGGUUCUUCAGAAGAAAGGUAA